AUGGGACGCGCGCUCGCGUGCUGCGCGCUCGCGCUCGUGCCGCUCGUGGGCUUCCUGCUCGCGCCGCUCGGCUGGGGCGGCAGCGGCGGCGGCGCGGACGUGGUCGGGCAGCUGUACGUCGACGGCGAGGUCUGGAUCGACGACGCCACGAGCGCGUUCGACAUGGCCGCCGUCAUGUUCGCCGAGGCGCGCGCCCUCUGGGCUUCGGACGGCUGGCAUCGCGUCUCCUCGCCGUCGGCUCGCGUGACCGUCGAGUCGCGGCGCAUCGACGCCGGCGCCUUCGCGCGCUCGGGCGUGCUCGUCACGCGCGGGACCGGCGUUAUAAAGAACGCGACCGCGGACGCGACGAUCCGCCUCCUCACGUCGCCGGAGGGCUUCUUCGUCAUCAACCCCAUGUCAGACCCCAAGGAAUUCGGCGAGUACCUCGAGGACUUCUCCGCGGGCUGGGGGAACGCGGACGCGCGGCUCGAGGUCGCCGAGGCCAAGGCGCCGCUGCCGCCGCCGUUCCUGCCGCGCGAGUUCGUCGUGCUCAACGCCAUGGACCCCGCCGAGCGGCUCUUCGUCUCGAAGUCGGUCCUCCACCGCUCGCGCCCCGGCGGUUCCGAGUUCAACGAUCUCGGCGUGCCCCCGCCCGAGGGCAAGGUCCGCGCGCUCAACACGUUCGCGGUCGCCGCGGACGACGUCGACGGCGGCCACUGCCGCGUGCGCACGAUCAACUUCGCCCACCUGGGCGGCUGGUCGAGCACGGCGAUGAUGAACUGGAUCAACUGCAAGGCGUUCCUCGCCCCGCUCUACGACCGGCUCCAGGCGAAGAUGGAUAAGUUGGACUAG